UAGUAAUAAAACAAACUGCUGUCAAGAAAACCCACCCAAGAACAAGCAGAAGAAAAAGCAAAAGGAGGGAGGGAGGGAAUGGAAAGCCAGGAGCAGGAGAACAAGUCCAGAGUGGUGAAGAUUGAGUCAAAGGAGUCAUGGGAGUCCUAUCUCUCCCAAUCCACCAAUCAAGGCACCCCUAUUGUGGCUCAUUUUACAGCCUCAUGGUGCAUGCCGUCGGUGGCAAUGAAUCCUUUUAUCGAGGAAUUGGCAUCUACUUACCAGGAUAUACUGUUUCUCACAGUUGACGUUGAUGAUGUCAAGGCGGUAGCAACCAAAUAUGAGGUAAAAGCCAUGCCAACAUUUUUGCUGAUGAAAGAUGGUGCUCAAGUUGACAAGAUAGUGGGUGCCAAUCCAGAUGAGAUAAAGAAAAGGAUAGAAGGUCUUGUUCAGUCCGCUCAUGUGUAUGUGGCCUAGUACUCAUACUAUGCUGAUUUUGUGUAGUUUGCAAAACAUGUGGAUAUUAUAUUUUUGCUUUAAAUUUGGAAGCUGACUCUGUGUGAUUAUUGCUUGUGUUUCAAUCUCAAACUAUGAAAUAUUAUCAAAGAUUGUAUAUAAUUAGUGUCAUCAGAAGUUUUGUGUGAAGUAAUUUAAUGAUUUGGAAGUCAUUCCAAAAUCCCAA